AUGGAUUAAUCACAAUUAUUGAACAUUUGGAAAGGAAUCAAGGAAACCCUUCAAAAGAAAUACAAUGACAGUAAUACAGCAUACUAUGAUUUGGAUGUAAAUAACUCUGGAGAAAUUGAGAUUGAUGAUCUGGAAUCGGAAUUAAAGAGAAAUCAUAAUAUCCAAUCUGAUGAAACCAUUAAAUAGCUAUUUGAAUAUUUGAACACCUCAAAAUCUGGAGCCAUAGAUUUAGAAGAAUUUGAAACUCAUUGGACUCAAGCUGAUUACAAUAUAAAGCAAGCAAAAAAUUAAUAAUAGUCUUAACAAAAACCUAAAUAAGAGACAGAACAAUAACUUUUAACUUCGUCUGGAUAGAAAUCAACACAAUAGUUCUCUGAUCUAUUUAAAAGUUAUGCUUCUGGAAAUUCACCUACUAAAUACAUCAAUAUUUAAGGAGAUUUCUAAAUUAAUCACUUUACUCAAACUAUUACUCCUAAAUAUGAGCAAUAACGACCUCUUAAUUUUUUGGAUAAUUUCAAUUAUAACAAGAAAAUAUCACCGCCGAAACAUUCCUAUUUAGUGAAAGAUAGAAAUGAAAUUUCGUAAGAUAGACUUAAAGAAAUGUAAUAAAGAAUUACUAACAUAUUUAAUGGAAUUCCAGAACGCAAAAACUCAUCUCCAAAAUUGAGAAUGGAUUUUGAUACUUACCUUAAUAAACAAUUGGGAAAACCAAACACAACUAGAAGGCAGACUUCAUAUCCUUAAUUUUCAUUUGAUUUUCAGAAUCUCUAUCCUUAGAGAAGGAGCUAGAAAAAUUAUGAAUAAAGAUUUUCCUUUAAUACAAGAACUGACACAUCUCCUAAUAGAUCUUAAGAUAGAAUAUCAUUAUAAUAAUAUGCAUAUUAAUUUUUUGAUAGAACUUACGAACUCAAAAAAAACUUCACCUUUUAUAGGGUUUAACCUAAAACAACGUUUAUGUUCAGAUUAUGA